UAUUCUUUAAAUGCAACUGAUUAGUAUGCUUGUCGUAAAUUUAAACAAAACAUAAACUUAAUAUUAAAAAUGUUCGUGUAAUAAUAAUUAUAAUUCAUAAUUGUGUCACAAAAAUAAACCUCUGUGCUCAAAUCAAUUAAUUAAACAUUAAGACAAAUUAAUCUGUGGGUGCGUCAUGUGAGUGCAAGUAUUCAGAAAUUAUUUUAAAGUUAACGUCCAUCAAAUUCGAAUACAAUGUAUUAAAUAUAGCGAUAAUAAAAAGACGGCGUAUUUUUUUAUGGGAUUAUAGAUUAAAAAUAUAAGCGGACUCCAAUUAUUCGGUAUGGAUAAUGCGUCUAAAUGUUGGCAGUGGCAUUCCGGAUGGCAUAAAGUGUAAAUUUAUCUUUGUCAGAUGACCGUACGGUCGAUAGGAUGCUAUGUGGUCACUGCUCAUGCACAUCAGCAAUGUUAGGAGGCAUCGCCAGGCCGCUGCCAGACUACUAGAUUUAUGAUAAAGCAAGGAGAACCAGUCGUGAUCAACACUAGGAGCUGCGCGCACGUCUCGCUAACAAUGAAGUUAAUGCUGUUCGCCGCUGUCCUCUGCGUGAUCCUGUGGCUUGGAGCUUCGGUCCCCAUCAACAUGGAGCGGAGGCUGGUCAAUCGUCCGCCACGGGACGAGGUGAUGGGUCUAUCUCGGCCGAAACGACAUCAAAUUAAUGCACCCAUCAAAGGAAGACAGAGUCCUCACAGACGCGGCGGUAUAGAACAUAUGUUAAGGAAAGGCGAAUAUGUGUGCGGCGAUAAGAUUUGUCGUUUGAAGCCUGGAGAGGAGCCCGCGGGCUGCAACGGCAUCUGCCAGUUCCCCAUCGACCCAAUGCAUUACGACGGGCAGCCACAGAGGCGGUUCGGGCAGACAAUCAACGCAAAAGAACGGUUUUAAUUAUAUCCAUUUUAUUCAUGUGACAGCCCUGGCAUUAGAAACUAUUGUAUAUUAAAAAAAAAUGACUUUAUUUUUUAAUAUGCACAUAAUAAUAUGUAUACAUUCCUAAGUUUAAUACGAGAAAAAGAUUUAUUUCCCGACUAGCUGACCCGGCAGACUUCGUAGUGCCUAAAUCGAUAAAUAAAAGACCUAAACUUUUGUAUAAAAUAAACUUAAAACAAAAGGAAUCCGUCCGACGGGGGACACAUCAAAGGAAAAACAAAAUUGUUAUUUUUAUUUAAUUCCGAGCAUUUUUAUAUUUAUCUACCUUUUAAACCUUCUCUAGACUUCCACGAAUAAUUCAAGACCAAAAUAAGCCAAAUCGGUCCAGCCGUUCUCAAGUUUUAGCGAGACUAACAAACAGCAAUUCAUUUUUUUAUAGAUUAGUUAGACGUAAGUCUUAAAUGAUGCACCUCUUGGUUUGCUUUUAUUGUUGUUAACGUAAGAGCCAGUGCAGCUCCGAUUGACACCAUUUAUUUAAAUGUAUAAAUUUAUAUAUUUAACUUAAAUGUAUAUAUUUAAAUGUAUAAAUAUAAUUAAAUUAGAAAUUA